AUCUCUCUCUCAGCUACUAUUUAAUAGUAUUUAUACCUGCUUUCUUUAAAGCCGAAAAAUUUGACAGAGGCCGAUAUUUGGACGAGAAUAUUGGGAAAACAGGGUCGGAAAAUAAGAAUAAGCGAAGAAAAUCAAGAUGUCGUGGCAAACGUACGUUGAUGAGCACCUGAUGUGCGAGAUCGACGGCCAGCAUCUCACCGCUGCAGCCAUCAUCGGCCAUGAUGGCAGUGUCUGGGCACAGAGCUCCAGCUUCCCUCAGUUUAAGCCGGAAGAAAUUGCAGCGAUCAUGAAAGAUUUUGAUGAACCUGGCUCUCUUGCCCCAACUGGGUUGCACCUUGGUGGCACAAAGUACAUGGUCAUCCAGGGAGAGGCCGGAGCUGUUAUUCGUGGGAAGAAGGGUGCCGGUGGCAUCACUGUGAAAAAAACCGGACAAGCUUUGAUUUUAGGAAUAUACGAUGAACCUUUGACUCCUGGACAGUGUAACAUGAUUGUUGAGAGGUUGGGGGAUUAUCUGAUUGAACAGGGCCUGUAGGGUCGCAUCAUCAAGGUUUUCAUAUUGUGAUAUUUGGUUUUGGGCUUGCGUUUUCCUGGACUGCAGUGUAGUUGUUGCUAAAAAUAUAACCUUUGUUUGGACUUCUAGGCCGUUUUUAUAUCUCCAAUUCCCCACAUUCUCUUUAACUCAAUAUGUGUAUCCAUUCCCGUUUUGCUUCUAUUGAGUCUGGCUUUUAAAUGGUAUUAAAAUAACCUUGUAUUUCUAUUUCUAUAUGACGAUAUGAUUUGGACUCUUAAA